GAAAAUUAAAAUGGAGAGGUGGUUCUGGUUCAUGCCUUUUCCAACUUCCCCAAACCUGAAGAGUCCGUGAUCGGGAGAAAAUGGCAAUUAGGGCUGAGAAAUGGCGAAAAUUCGCUGUUCUCAUGGCCGUCAACACCAUCAGAUGCAACCCUGCAACUCGUCGUCAGCUUCUACACAACGGCCCAGACACAUUGGAAGAGCUCUUAGAGAGGCACUUGGUGAAGAAAGACAAGAAUAGCGUCGAUGACGAAGAAGACGUGCUUUUAGCUCGUCGUCGCCUCACCAGCACACGAAGAGAGGCUCUUAGUCUCUACAGAGACGUCUUAAGAGCUACUCGAUUCUUUGUCUGGCCUGAUUCUCGUGGUGUCUUGUGGCGAGAUGUUCUGAGAGAGAACGCUCGGAAGGAAUUCGAAGAAGCCCGGUUUGAGAGGGACCCUGAGGUCAUCACCAGAUUGAUUAUUGCGGGUAGAGAUUCUGUUCAGUCUGCCAUUGAUAAGCUUGUUGAGAAGCAGAAGCAACAGGUGGAGCGCGAACGUAAAGAUAGAGAUCGUGGCUGGUAAUACAUGUAACAGGCUUAAGAAUUUGAUGGUUGGCAAUUUUGGUGAAAGAACCUCUACUAUGGUAGCAAAUAGAAAUGAUAUCUGGGUUCAAUUAUUCACACAAUAUAUUUUC